AUGGCUUCAAUCCGGCGAACUCUCUCGCCGCUCUACCACGAUCGUCCCUUCGACAACGGAGGCGCACCGUUCUCCCCCUCCUCUAUCUCAUCCCGCACCAGUAAACACAACUCCGCGCAAUUUCUCUCGUUCCUCACAGCGACGACUGAUCCCAAAAGCUCCCGCAGAGGUCCAUGGCGGCGACCGUUUUACCAAUUCCUCGCUUUCUUUCUCAUCGGAUUCCUCUUAGGUAUGACACCGUUCGGUCAAAUCGAUGACAUGAACGGUACGGAUCGGUCCAACUUCGAGAUCAAACCUCCCAACAGCGUGAAACGGGAAGAGGUAGGUGUAGAUGGAGUAAGUUUUGUGGCGGAGGAGAAGAAGAAGGAGGAUUUCGAUUUAGUUGUGCCGAGGAAGCUCGUGAUUGUGGUGACACCAACGUACAAUCGAGCGAUGCAGGGGUAUUACUUGAACAGAGUUGCUCAGACGCUGAGGCUAGUGGAGCCUCCUGUGUUGUGGAUAGUAGUGGAGGGCAAUGCGGCGUCGUUUGAGACCUCGGAAAUUCUGAGGAAGACUGGGGUGAUGUAUAGGCACUUGGUUUGUAAGAGGAACAUGACGAGUAUUAAGGAUAGAGGUGUUCAUCAGAGGAACGCUGCGUUGGAACAUAUUGAGUUGCAUAAGCUUGAUGGGAUUGUUUACUUUGCUGAUGAUGAUAAUGUCUACUCGCUUGAGCUGUUUCAGAGCUUGAGACAGAUCAGGCGAUUUGGAACUUGGCCUGUUGCAAUGCUUGCGCCAAGCAAAAACAAGGCCAUCCUUGAAGGGCCAGUAUGCAAUGGAAGUCAAGUAAUAGGAUGGCACACUAAUGAAAAGAGUAAAAGACUACGAAGGUUCCAUGUGGAUAUGUCAGGGUUUGCUUUCAACAGCACCAUACUCUGGGACCCUAAAAGGUGGAAACGUCCUUUUCCACAUCCAACCCGCCAACUAGACACAGUGAAGGAAGGUUUCCAAGAGACAACAUUUAUAGAGCAGGUGGUAGCAGAUGAAAGCGACAUGGAAGGUGUUCCACCAGCUUGCUCGAGGAUACUGAACUGGCAUCUUCACUUGGAUGCCCUAGAUGUCCCGUAUCCACAAGGGUGGGUGAUGCAGAAGAAUCUCGAAGCUGUCAUAACUGUGAGAUAGUUCCCAAGAUACAACUUUUGACUGGUAAAGAUUUAAUAGGGUUCAGGAACUUUUGAAGUCUCAGGUGUUCAGGAACUUAUAAGCAAAAAGGUGAAGUUCAAGACCAUGAAAAUUUGGUAUGUUUUUGUGUAUUUAGUAUGAGAUGGAAUUAUAUUUUUUCCUUUGGAGGUAUUCCAAUACACGGUCUGAGUCCAGACAACAAUGAACAAAGUAAGGAGUUGUUCACAAUCAUUGCAUAAUUGUUCAUAUUUUGUGUCUAAAACGUUUACAAGUAUUUUCAAAGUGAAUGGUCGCUCAAGA